UCCAGAGCCUACGGAGAGGGAAGGAGAGGCGGGGAGCUGGAACCAGCAACUCCAGGCUGCCCACCUGCACCGUCCCCGCCGGGCUGGGGACCGCGCUGGGGCCGGGCAUCUCCGGGACCUGCAUCCCAGGGGAUGUGCGGGGCCCCCGGGCGCAUCCCCCCACCACCCCCAGCCCGGCAUGGAGAGCCUGAGCAACAGCCUGAAGAAGAAAGCCACGGAGCAGCACUACAGGGCAGAGGUGAUGAUUGCUGGAGAGCAACUGAGGCUUCGCCUCCAUGAUGGGAAGCUCAUUAAGGACAGACGUUAUCACCUCCGAACGUACCCAAACUGCUUCGUGGCCAAGGAGCUCACAGACUGGCUGAUUGACCACAAAGAAGCACCAGACCGAGAGACGGGCAUCCGCCUCAUGCAGAAGCUGAUGGACCACUACAUCAUCCACCAUGUCUGUGAUGAGCACUCGGACUACAAGGACGCCAAGCUGCUGUACCGCUUCCGCAAGGACGACGGGACCUUCCCGCUCAGCAAGGACGUGAAGGUGUUCAUGAGAGGGCAGAGUCUGUAUGAGAAGCUGGUGAGCGUGGAAGACUCAAUUCUGAAGGUGAGGGAGGAGAACUCGGUGAAGUACCAGAGGACUUUCCUGGCCUGUGAGAUGAUCGACUGGCUGGUUCAGGAAGGAGAAGUGGAGAACCGAAAGGAAGCGGUGGAGCUGGGACGGGCACUACUGGAACACGGGAUCAUUCAGCAUGUCUCCAACAGGCAUCACUUCUUUGACAGUGACCUGCUCUACCAAUUCUGGACCAACUUCCGACGCAGGCGGCGUCUCACAGAGUUACUCAACGAGAACUCUUCUCGUGCCCUGUCUGAGAGCCCCGACAGCCCUUUCUGCCUUCGCAAGCUCAACCCAGACCCAGGCAACACCAGCUUUCUCUCUGUCCAGACCAACAAGGAGAUCAAAAUUGUCUCAGCGGUUCGAAGGAGCAGCAUCACUUCCCUUGCUGGAAACUCAAGCCCCUAUUUCAGCGCUGCUCCUAUGUUGGUGUUCCCUCCUGUGGCUGAGUGCAACCCCAAAUCAGUGCUAAAGAGACCCAUCACCAAUGAAGAGCUCCUGUCCCCUGGGGCCCCCUACAUCAAGAAGACACUAACCAUUGUGGGGGAUGCAGUGGGCUGGGGCUUUGUGGUCCGAGGAGGAAGACCUUGCCACAUCCAGGCGGUGGACCCAGGAGGACCUGCUGCUGCUGCAGGGAUGAAGGUGUGCCAGUUUGUUUUCUCAGUCAAUGGUAUGUACGUUUUGCAUCUGGACUAUCAAACCAUCAGCAGCCUCAUCAUGACAGGACCUCGAACUCUCGUGAUGGAAGUCAUGGAAGCUGUUGAAUGAGCAAAGGAGUCUUGUUUUGCCAGUGUUUGGGACAGCAGGACACUCCACUGAGCAAGGAUGAACUCUGAGGAGGGACCAAGCUCAACCAUUCACCCUGAAAUUGUUAGCGAGGCAUUUUAAGAUAUUUUCAAAUAAAUGCAUUCUAAUGGACAAGUCUCA